CUACAUUUGGAGGUGUGGCUGAAAAUGUCUGACGACCUAAUCGACGUUCCAGCUAGGCACAAGUUUAACUUGGACAGACUGCACAUAUUCCUACACGACAAGCUACCAGGAUUUAGGUGUAACAAAGGAAAACUAAGAAUACAUCAAUUUAAACAUGGUCAGUCUAAUCCAACCUUUCUGAUUUCAACUGACGCUGGACAGGAGUAUGUAUUGAGAAAGCAACCAUCAGGGGAGCUGCUGUAUGGAGCACAUAGGGUUGAUAGAGAGUUCAAAAUCAUGACGGCACUCUUUUCGGUCAAUUUCCCGGUACCACGCCCACUCUGUCUCUGUACUAAUAAUGAUGUUAUUGGUGCUAGCUUUUAUGUGAUGGAGAGGGUGCGUGGGCGGAUAUUCCGACAAGCUGCAUUCCCUGGAGUGAGUCCGGAUGAGAGGAGACUACUAUACAAGUCACUGGUUGAGACGCUGGCACACUUACAUUCGAUUAAUUGGAAGCUAUUAGGACUCAAGGGAUAUGGGGGGAGGAGCAAGAAAAGCUACUGUGAAAGACAGGUUACUGUGUGGUCCAGUAAUUAUCGUAUGUCUUGUAUUGAUGGUGAACCGGCAAAUGAAAUGGAAGUGCUGAUGGAUUGGCUGCCUAGAAACAUACCAGACCAACCUCAUCCAAUCUGUAUAGUUCAUGGCGAUUAUAGACCUGAAAAUGUAAUUUUCCAUCCUACUGAACCUAAAGUGAUAGCAGUUCUUGACUGGGAGCUGAGUACAUUGGGGCACCCAUUGUCUGACUUGGCUCAUCUCUGCAUGAUAUACCUUCCAUUACCAAAUGAGCUAACUGUUCAUAGUGUACCAGGUGCUCCUACUGAGGCUGCAUUAACUGGAUGGUAUUCAGAGAUUGCUAGAAUACCACAUCCCAUACCAAACUGGCCUUACUUUAGAGCUCUUGCCUGCUUUAGAAUGGCAGCAAUCGCACAAGGUGUGUAUGCCAGAGGUCUUCAUGGCAAUGCCAGCAGUAGCUUCACUGAUAGAUUCAAACAUGUUGUUCGUCCACUUGCAAAAACUGGAUGCUCUUUCUUUGAUCCCAGGUUUGUUGCUAACUAUCCAUUCCCGUCUUACUUGGAAUCUGGCAAAUUUUCUCAGAGAGGACGUCAGAUAUUAGCUCAAGUGAAAGAGUUUAUGGAUGACUACAUUUAUCCAGCAGAGAAGGAGGUUUAUGAAUAUGUUAGUAAGCCAGAGAAUACAUGGACUAUUCCUCCUAUCAUUGAAGAAUUGAAGGACAAAGCUCGUAUGGCUGGUUUAUGGAACCUGUUCCUCUCAGGAGUAUCAGGAUUGAGCCAGUUUGAGUAUGCUCCUAUGGCCGAAGAGAUGGGGCGGUGUCCUUUUGCUUCUGAAGUGUUUAAUUGCAAUGCUCCUGAUACUGGGAAUAUGGAGGUACUGUACUUGUAUGGGAAUCAUGAGCAGAAGGAGAAAUGGUUGCAGCCAUUACUGAAUGGAAAGAUAAGAUCCUGCUUCUCAAUGUCGGAACCAGAUGUAGCAUCCAGUGAUGCUAGUAACAUGCAGUGUACUAUCACUAGGGUAGGGAAUGAAUAUGAGGUCAAUGGAAUAAAGUGGUGGUCCAGUGGUGCCGGGGACCCAAGAUGCAAGGUAGCCAUUGUAAUGGGAGUGACUAAUCCUAAUGCUGACAGACUCAAGAGACAUUCCAUGAUUAUUGUUUCCUUGGACACACCUGGGGUCAAAAAGAUUCGCCCACUCUCUGUCUUUGGAUACCUUGAUGCACCUCAUGGUCACUAUGAGAUCAAUUACGAUCAUGUUAGAGUUCCAGCUGGUAACCUCAUCCUAGGUGAAGGUAGAGGGUUUGAGAUAGCCCAAGGUAGAUUGGGUCCAGGCAGGAUACAUCACUGCAUGAGGUCCAUUGGUGUAGCUGAGAGGACAUUAGAUCUCAUGUGCAGUAGAGCUCUCUCUAGGGAAGCUUUUGGAAAGAAGCUAGUGCAUCAGCAAACUGUUAGGACCUCUAUUGCUGAGUCAAGGCUUGAGAUUGAUCAGUGUCGGCUGUUGGUUCUUCAUACUGCUGCAGCUGUUGAUACACUGGGACCGAAGAAAGCUCGUAAACAAAUUGCUGCAAUUAAAGUUGUUGCUCCACGCAUGGCAUGCAGUGUAAUUGACAGAGCCAUACAGUUGCAUGGGGCACUGGGAGUGUCACAGGAUAGUCCAUUGGCUCACUGGUAUGUGUAUGCUCGCUCAUUAAGAAUUGCUGAUGGACCUGAUAUUGUACACCUGGAAACUGUGACUAAGGAAGAGUUGAAAGCUAAACUUUAAUAUUAUCUAUUAUUGUGUGGAAAUUUUAAUAAGUAACAAAAUGA